AUGGAGGGUGCAGGCGUCCAGGGGUCCACAACGGAGAAGAGCCCAGAUUGUUGCUGGAAGCCUGCAAGUCGCCCACCUGGAAGAGGCCUAAAAUGGCCAACAGUGGUCCUGAAAGCAGCAUGGUCUGAACCAUUGACUAAAUUGAAACAAGAUGUUUUAUUCUGGCUGAACGAGUCAAACCAGGAGGCCAAAGUCGCAUUGACUAAGAGUCGCUCGGAGGGGGAGGAAGACUAUCACCAUUGA